AUGGAUCUCGCCAAAAACCUGUUACGCAUAACAGCACGAGCAUUCUACUCAGUGGAAGACGUGCUCAUCGUCGACGCCCUCGGCAUCCACAGCACCCUCACAGACGCCGACCUCGCCCACUGCCUAGGCACCAACAANAAAGAGCUACGAAAACAAUGCGGCAAGCUCAAAGACGCAGGCCUAAUAUCCGUCCAAACACGCGCCGAAAAAAAGGAAGACGCACCUCCGCCAUCGACAAAUCCGAAUUUCAAAAACAGAGAACAUGUCAAGCAUGUGGAUUGGUAUUGGUUGCACUUUCAUCCGGCUAUUGAUGCUAUCAAGUAUCGGUUGUCGAGGUUGUCUAAGCAUAUCGAUAGUAUGGGGGCACCCACGACGGAGAAGAAGGAUCUAGAGUGUCCGAGGUGCAAGAGUCAGUAUACCGAUUUGGAGGUUAUGGACAACAUCGACCCUUUGAGUGGUAGCUUUCUCUGUCAUCUCUGCGAACACCCUCUCGACCCUGUAAGCGAAGACCUUCAAGAGAACGAAAGCAAAAUGCGCCUUAACACCCAAGUCGCCGCCAUUGAAGCCCUGCUGCGCGAAAUCGAUCAAGCAAAUGUACCGGAAAACGACUUUGACACGGCGUUAUCGCUACAUUUGCCCAUCAACAGAGGAGAUGCGCAUCCAGACCGUCCAACCAGAAUCGCAGAGGAAGUCAAGCCCAGCAUCGCCGGCUCCAAAGGACUGGCUCUGGCGCCAGAAACAGUCAAGGUGCAAUUGGAAGACGACAUUACCACAAAGCCAGAUCCAGAAGCUGCGAGAAUCAAGCGCGAGAAGGAGGCCAAGCAAAAUGCUUUGCCCGAGUGGCUUACCAGGUCUACGGUUUCUGGCGAUAUGACGACGGCAGGCGCAAAGGAGUUGAGAGAGCAAAGGGAACGAGAAGCACAUGCAGGAGGUCUUUCCGUCGACGACGCAGCAGACGACAAGAAGUUGGGAGGUACACCCGGAAGAGAUGAUGCCGUUAUGGACGACUACUGGGCCGCCUAUCGCGCAGAGCAAGAAAGAGCGAGGUUACAAGAAGAAGAGGAAGAAGAAGACGAGGACGACGAGGACGAGUUCGAAGACGUGCCUCCAGGCGCUAGCGUACCGGACAUCAAGGUCGAGGAGGCCGAAGGUCCAGAUGCCAAACGGGUCAAGACUGAGCAAGAAACUGAUACUGUGCCUUUGGCCAGUGUCGCGCCUCCUGUCGAUGCCAACGCAGAGUCUGAUGAAGACGACAUGGAGUUUGAGGAUGUUUGA